UUGCCGCACUGAGCUCUGCUUGCAGCAUCCCUGCAGCAGCCUCUGUGCUGUGAAAUACAAGAAAGGGCAGGACGGGGGUAAUAGAUCCUUGGAGGCCAGUGGAGAACAGAAAGGGGAUCUCGUGGAGCCUGCUGGGGUAGGGUUACUUCAGUGUGUGGAGUUCAUCUUUGGAGAAAAUGGCUGUUUUGUCAAUGUAAACAGCCUGUGCAGGACCUGCAUUGCUAAAGGGGGGGAAGCAGAAGAGGAAGAGGAGGAGGGGCAGACACUGAAGGAAAUGCUGCCUCUUCCAAUGAACAUUUUCUCCUCUUGCUGGCCCCAGCCUGCUGCAGCUCACCUCUGAACCUUAUGCAUGAUACACGUUAAGUUCACCGAUGGCUCAGCAGACCCCAGACCAGAGGGAGGACGUCUACAUUGACCAUGAGACACUCUAGAGACUAAGCGACAUCACAACUUCCAUAUAAGUACACCGCGCUGUGAAAACCGUAACACUUGAACAUGGCUUUAACCGCAGCUAAGACAACUACGAGCUUUUUCUCCACAUCUGCCAAGACCACCACAAUCCCCUUCCUCUCAAUGGGCACGAGCGCCAAAGACAAUAUCACCUCCAGAACUACGUUAAUGACUCUUACUAUAACGACAAACGAGACCAGCUUCAAUGCCACCACGUUUCCAGAGGUGGUGAUUGAGGGCUCGGGAAUGGGAAUGGUUCUUGUGCCCUUUGGCAUCAUCACUGUCAUUGGCUUAGCAGUGGCAAUAUUGCUGUAUAUCCGUAAAAGGAAGCGGCUGGAGAAGCUGAGGCACCAGCUCAUGCCCAUGUACAACUUUGAUCCUGCUGAGGAACAAGAUGAUCUGCUGGAACAAGAGCUACUGGACCACGGGCGGGAAGGCAGCCUCACAGGUCCCAACGCCAAGUUUUGACGAAGGCGUAACGGUAAAAGACAAACAUGACUCUCACAACCUCCCAGGGGACCACGCAGAGGCCCAGUCGUCUGGUUUUCACAGAUGUAGCCAAAGCUCUCAACGCUUGACAGCUCUCUUCCAUUAGUUUGUUUCAGUGUUUUCGGGGCCCACUGCCGGCCUCAUUGAAAUACAGACUGUCGCUCAGGAGGGAAAACAGAGGGAAAUACUGGACUGUUUUUAUGGGAACAACUGGAGCUUUGGGGAACAUUUUUAAUCACUAUGACUUUGUAUGUGAAAUGGUGAAGGGGUUUCCAGUUGAUUGAAAAGAGAGCAGAUAAUGUCGGGUGCAUGUAUGUAUGUAAGGCAGCGUAAAAGGGAAGCAUCACAUGUGAUCUUGCACUGUUUCCAUUUGGCACACAAACGCAGUGUGAUGCACUUUUCCUAAAUUCUUGUUGUGUCACUGUUGUUGAAAUGUUUGGUAGCUCGUCAGUGAAGUUCUUCAGAGCUUCGAUAUCUUUUUCCAUGUUUGAUGUGAGAGGAGUGUAUAUUUGUGCUAUUCUGAUUUCGUGGUCUUACAUCUCUGACAAGCUUGAACGCUAGUUGUGUCACCAUCCCCUGAGUGAACUGCCCCUCUCCAUUUUGUUUCAUCUUUAAUGAGCAAUGAAGGA